AUGGCGCCGGCUGGCUUGAUUCAAUUCUUGUCUUUCUCGCAAGCUCUAGCAGCCGCCCGUGACUGGACAUUCCCACGAUCAGAGUGGGAGGAACGACACCCAUCUCCCUCUGCACCUCCAGCUCAAUCGCCAUGCGUAAACACCGGGCCAACGGCGACUCUUGACUGUGGCGUUGUCACUGGAACUACAACAUCACUUCCAGCUGCCACAGCUACCGUCAAUAAAUUCCUCGGCAUCCCCUUCGCCCAAAGUCCUCCUCAACGAUUCGGCAUGCCACAGAGCCCUGGGAGUUGCAAUAUCAACGCUACAGCCUGGAAGCCUGCUUGCAUACAGCAGUUCGUUGGUUCCGCGGAGGUCAAGGCUUUCACGGAGUACGUGUUCAAUAAUCCAGCACCUGAAGAGAGUGAAGACUGCUUGUAUCUGAAUGUCUACUCACCAAGCUCGCCUCCACCAGCGGAUGGAAGGGCUGUGAUGUUCUGGAUAUAUGGCGGUGCUUUGGAAUUUGGUAAUGCUGGCCAGAUCUAUUACGAUGGAAGUUGGUUUGCGGGUUACGAAGAUGUCAUCAUUGUCACGACGAACUACCGUACAAAUGUCUUUGGAUUUGCUACUUCGCCAGAGAUACCUCUCACCGAACGCAAUCUCGGAUUCUACGACCAACGCUUCGCUCUGGAGUGGGUUCAACGCAACAUCGCAGCGUUUGGAGGCUCUCCAGAAAAAGUGACAAUCUUCGGCGAAAGCGCUGGUGGUUUCUCUGUUGACGCCCUUCUCACCUCGUUCCCGGCAGACAGCAAGCCACCAUUCAGAGCAGCCAUCAUGGAGAGCGGACAGAUCAGCUACAAUGCCCAAAGUCGACCGAGCACCGAGCCUCAGUGGAACACUCUUGCUAGCAUUCUGGGAUGUCCUGGACAGUGGAGCAGCAACUUGGCAUGUCUCCGUGCGAAAAACGCCACUGAGAUCAAGAAAGCGAUCGAGGACAAUGGUCUUACCUUCAAUCCAGUUGGAGAUGGUGUUUCGUUGGCACAGAAUCCCUUGCAGCAGAGAGUGAGCGGCAACAUUGCAAACAUCCCCAUAUUAGGAGGAAGCAAUUCACAGGAAGGCCGCGUCUUCACAAUUGGACAGACCAACUCCACGGCAUAUCUGAGCACUUUGGUGGGUAAUGAAACGGCUGCAAUCGCCGGUCUUGAAGCCCUAUACCCGCCUUACAAACCAGCCACUGGGAACGAGGCAUAUGAGCAAACAGCUCAGAUCUUCACAGAAGCUGUCUUUCAGUGCUCAGCUGCCAUGCAUGCCAAUGCUAGUGCUGCUAUUGGCAUUCCCACCUGGAGAUACUAUUACAACGCAUCUUUCUCAAACAUUCAACCAUACCCUGGUCUGGGAGCUUGGCACAGCAGUGAGAUCCCCAUCGUGUUUAGCACAUACUCACGCCAGAACGUCACCACCCAGCAGUAUGCCUUGUCGGAAGCUGUAAGAGGUGUCUGGGCUAGAUUUGCAAAGAAUCCUCUAGGUGGACCAGGAUGGAAUCAGGUCGGCAAGGGCCUUUCAGGCGAUGUCUUGUUUGGUGCGACUUCUGAGAUUGAAGGAGGCAUUGUCUUGGCUGAGAAUGGUACUACCCUUGCAGGCGCCGUCAAUCUGGCAGUGUUUGGCAAUAGGGGAAGUACCGCUGGGUCUGGGGUCACUGUCAUUGAGUCGAACGAGGUCGACUUUAGAUGCGGUGUCUACACUUCGACGUAUGAAAAGAACGCCAGAAUUGGAUGA